CAAACCUUAAUCGCAACGGCGGUACGACCACUUGACAGUUUCUUUUCUUCGUGGGUGGUUUCCAGCAAGCCGGUAAUAGGUGAGAUCGAUAGCAAUGGCGACCAAAAACAAGCCCGCCUUCAAGAACAACAACAACAAAGGCAAAAAGAGAAGAUUUUUGCCCCGCGGCGAGUGUAGGGUUUCUUCAUCACUUGUGAUGGCGACAGGGAGCGACAAGCCACAAACGAAGCCCUGAAUCUACUUCAAUCGCGGACUCCUGCUACUAUCCGGGAUCAGUGCCGUCAGAGAUCGUUGACAACCCCAAGUAUUUCGGUGGCCUCAACAGAUCGAGAUAAGCCACACAGGCCUGCGUUGGAGGUUAUUGGAACAUGGGCAAUAGGCGGUGGAAGAAAAGGGCGCCGGGUUGGCAGCGAAGGGACGCAGAGUUCCACACAAUGCUUCGGAUGCUCGAUCGACAGUCGAUGUCUCCUGGGCCUUCUUUUGAGUCAGCUCCCAAUUGGGAGAAGAGAUUCUGCUCUCAAAUGAAAUGGAGAGACUUCUGUGAAAAGAAGAGAGUGGUUCAUCUUUUCCCGAAAGUGCUAGAUUGGGAUGACGCGGCGGGAAAAGAGGCCUUCGACAAUGCUAAAGCUCGUUAUUGGGCACAAAUUAAUAAUCUCCCUUCGGAAAUUCCAUCGCCGGAUCCAGAUAUGUACGUCCAAGAGGUUGAUUAUGACGCUUAUAUUGACCCUUCGCUGCUAGAAGAUUUGUACGAACUGCCGCCGCCUCCUCCAGAGACUCCAGACCCGAGUUCCAUUAAAAUUAGUGAAAUUAUACCAACUGGAUGGGAUGUGGAGGAUCCUCCAAUCAACAACAUUCCAAAAUAUAUUUUUAUCAAACCAUCCACAGCUGAUGACAUAGUUGAUAAUUCUGCUCCAACUAUACCUACAGGAUGUGCUGAUGGUGACAAAAUUGACAUUACUGCUGCUUCAAUUACCAUCAUUCCUACAGGUUGGGGUGAUGAGGAAAAUGUUGAGCCCAACAAUGCUGGAAACAAGAAUGUGGAAAAUGUUCUUGGAAAUACAGAGAAUCAUAGUAUUUACUGGCAACAAGAUAAGAGAAACGAUACUAUGUUUUCUAGUGAAAAACUCAGUUCCUUUGAACAAAGGAUCGACUCCCGAGAUCGAAGAUAUCGAAGGAGUGGCAGAGAUCAGUUCUUCGAUUUAAAUCCUGCAAAUCUAAGGUGUCAUGAGCAAGGUUAUCAUAAGGAGAGAUGGACAAAGUACAUCAAAGAGCAGUAUUUUUGGCGUCAAAAACACUCUUUGGCUAGAGGGCUCUCUUGUACACCUGAGAAUAAUUAGCUAAACACAGAGGAGACCUGAAAUUCUUUAGAAAAAAGAAAACUUUGGAGGUUCUUUACUUGAUAAACUUCUUUGUUAGCAGGAAUAGGUAUAAGAACUUGCAAGGAAGGCAAAGUUCAGUUUUCACAGAUUUCUUUUAUUACUAACCUUCUUAUGAGCUAGUAUGAGCUUGGUAACAUUUGCAUAGGCUUUUCGUGGGAUAACGGUAUUUUGCCGUAGAAAUUCUUUGUAAUGUUUGAUAUUUUGUGCUUGGCUAAUUUGUUUCUGUUCUUUCAAGUGUAUGACAUUCUAUUAUUUGUAUUAAUUUUUGUUGCUGGCAUAA